GGUCCUGCAGCAGAACAAGGAAAAGCCAGCAGUCCUCGUGCUUGGCGGGACCAAGUUCAUGGGCAAGGCCUUCGUCCAGGAAAUCCUGGAGCACGCUCGCGUUUGCGUGGUCAAUCGUGGGAAGACUUAUUGGGCAGCUUCUGAUUUGUUUGCAGCGCGUGCGGCCCGAGUUCGAGCGGAUCGCGAUGAUGCUGAAGUCUUUGCCAAGUGCCUGAAAGAAGCAACGCAGCGCCUAGGUGAUGAGUGGGAUUGCGUCGUGGAUUUCUCUGGCUUUGCUGGCAAUGACGUGCGGGCUUCCCUGUCAGGCUUGGCUGGCGCCUUCAAGAUGUACAUCUACAUUUCCUCAGACUCCGUUUACGAGGUGAGCUCGUGGGCUUUCGACAAAUGGUCGCCGAGGAGAAGGCGCGACGGUGGAGGAUACCUGACUUCCGUUGCCGAAGAUGCAGCGGUUCGACCUUGCGGAAAGGAGCAGCAAGACAUUGUGAAUAACAGCGACAACUAUGGGCAUGAAAAACUCGAGGGCGAGGAAGUUUUGCUGCAGGAACGACCUGCUGGGCGAAGGUGUGUGAUUCUACGCCUUCCUGAUGUAAUUGGCCCCUUUGAUUCAACGCAUCGUCUUUGGGCAUACUGGCACUGGCUGCGCGCGGGUGAGCUGGGAGCUCCAGCGCCGCAAGUCCAGAGCUACAAGCGCAAGAGGAAACAAAUUGACGCCACAGGUGAAGAAGUUGCGCAGGCACCUGGCGAUUGUCACCUGGCGGUUGUGUACAGCCUGGACGUGGCUAAGUUUUUGGCACGCUUGGUGAAGCAGCCCCCUCCUGCGGAAGUUGAUGUCCUCAAUCUUUCUUGUGAUGAGCAUCUUUUGCUAAGCGACUUUCUGGAGCGCCUUUUCAAGGUAUCAGGCGGCAAUCGCAAACGGCCCCGAUUAGCUCCAGACAAAGAUCCGAAAUUGUUCCUUCCCAGCGUGAACAGGCCUUGGCCACUUAGCUGCGAGCGAGCCAAGGAGGCAUACGGUUUUGUGGCGACCUCCUUGGACGAAGUGUUGCGGGUCUGCGUAGACUUCUUUGAGUCCAACUGCGCUCGCUUCCCAGAAGAGGCGAAAAAGGCAGCGAUGAAACUGCCGUCAGAGCCGGCGGCAUAUGCCUUGAAGCUUUUAGAGCCGACUUGCGAACCAAAGUGAGAAGCCAGCAGGAUGCUUAGACAAGUUUAGAUGCCAAAGGUGCUUCGCGCUUG